UUAACUAGUUUUACACGUUCACUUUGUUGUAAUGUUAUGUUGAAACUAAUAGAUAAUUCUUGACCUUAAUGUGAACAGUAAAAACAAACAAACAAACAGGUUUAUUUGGUCCUGUCAAAAUGUUACAUCAACUCAACUCAAAACCACCUAAAAUGAAAAUUAACAAUAUCUAAUGGUCAGGAAGGGAAAUGUAACCUAUUUAUACAUUUCUACCAGUUGCCAGAAGCUUAAAGACUCAUGAUAGCUGGAAGUUUUUGAAAAUCAAAGCCUUCUAUGCGGAAUAAAUAAAAACAGGCUGUACCCAGGUGAUAGACAGAUACCUAUUGGACCUAAAGACGUGCUGAGAGGUGAGUGUCCGGACCGGGGCUCAGAGUGAGAGUUCUGUCUGUCUCCUCCUCUCUGCUCGGUUCGUCCCUUUAUUCAAAUAAAAGCCUGAAAAACGUAAUAUCUGCCCAAUGCGCGCGCUCUGCUGUGACAUAAUGGAACGUGCCAGCCUAGAAAAGCUCGAGGCGGUGCGCGCGGGCGUGCAUUCAGCUCGUGUCUGAGCGGAGACGAAGAAGAAGAACAAGAAGGAGGAGGAGAAGAAAACCGCCACCGGCUCCAGCCAGCUGUUGAAAUAUUCAUCAAACAGCAGAUAUUUGACGGCGGUUCCGAGGUUAUGGGCAGGACACCGCUCUGAGGGAGGGUCCAGCAGCACCACUUGUCAUUUUACCCACGAAAAUAAUGAUGAAGAAGGAUAUUAACUUGAGCCUGGCGGACGACGCAGACCUCAAACCGCACCUCCGCGACGCCGAGAGCAUCCUCAGCUCCCCGGACCUGGGGCUGCUCAAGCUGGCCUCCCCGGAGCUGGAGAGGCUCAUCAUCCAGUCCAACGGCAUGGUCACCACGACGCCGACCAGCUCCCAGUUCCUCUACCCGAAGACGGUGACGGACGAGCAGGAGUUCGCCGAGGGCUUCGUGAAGGCGCUGGAGGACCUGCACAAGCAGAACCAGCUGAGCGGAGCCGGACAGACCAACAGCAGCAUGGAUCUCGGCGCGAACAUCGCUCCGGUCAACGUGCAGCCGGAUCUGCCGGUGUACACAAACCUCAACAGCUACGGCAGCGGGCCGCUGGGAACCACUGUCAACUACUCCACGGACACGGUCCCUUUCCCGCCUCCUCCGUCACAUCAUCUGGGGACAGCCCCGCCGCAGCCGGAGCUCUCUCGGGUCCAGCCGCUGAAGGAGGAGCCUCAGACGGUCCCCGACGUGCAGAGCUUCGGAGAGAGUCCGCCGCUGUCUCCCAUCGACAUGGACUCUCAGGAGCGGAUCAAAGCCGAGAGGAAGCGGCUCAGGAACCGGAUCGCAGCCUCCAAGUGUCGGCGGCGCAAACUGGAGCGGAUCUCCAGGCUGGAGGACAAGGUCAAAACACUGAAAAGCCAAAACACCGACCUGGCCUCGACGGCUAGCCUGCUGAGGGAGCAAGUGGCCCAGCUGAAGCAGAAAGUCCUCACCCACGUCAGCAGCGGCUGCCAGCUGCUGCCACACGAAGUUCAAGUGCACUAGUCUGAGGGACAGACCCGCAGUUGGGCUACCGACCAGCAUAUAAGCUCCAUGGACUUUGUUAAUGUUGGUUUUUCUGUAUGUAGCCUAGCCCAGAUGUGUGCCGAUUCCAGGGAUGACUGCCAGGCCACGUAGGCCAAACCGGAGGCUGCAUUAAUGACCGGCUGUUUGAAAACGCCUUGUAGGACUGACGGCAUGUAAACAUACCUGGUAAACAUGAUUCAACACAGUGGAUGAUGACAUUCUGUUAUGAGGCAAAAGUAGAUUUGGACAAGCUGUAUUAUUUAUUUGUUUUAUUAUUCCUAGAGCAAUUUCCAGAUCCAACCACUGCCUGCUGGAAAGAUCAAAUCAGUUUAUUGGAUUUUUUUCUCAGUAAACAUUCACCAAUUGGGCUGAAUUAAAGGGCGUUUGCCUGUUUAAAAACCAGUGUGUUUAAUCCUGCUCUACCUGGUGUGUAUGUUUCCUGGUGAACAAGGCAGCACCGACCUGCCAGUGUUUUCAAUGGUCCCAGGCCUUCCUGAUGGGAGAAAGAGACACUUCUGUGGGCUUCAUGAUCAACUCUGACAACAGAGACAUGGCACAUAUCUUGUUGAUUUUUCGGCUGUAAAAAUGUUUACGGACUGUCAGCUAACAGUCUCCAACCUGGACCAAACAGACUGACGAUAUUUCUACAACAAUAUGCACAUUUAUGACACAGAUAUCCUUAAUAUAUGACAAAUUGGUUGUAAGAAAAAUGCAUAUACACCCACAUUUGAUAUGUAAGAGAGAAUCUACAAAUAUAGUCUAUAUACUGUGUUUUUCUGUAGGGAACAAUUUGCAUGUUGUUGACAAACUCGAAUGUUGCCCACAGCUGGGUGUCAGAGGGCGCAAUUAAUCAGUGUUUAUUAUCUUUAACCUUUACGCACAUGUAUUUGUCUAUUUUUACUCUACUGUGUCCCUAUUUCAGUGUGUUCUUGUUUUAAAUGUGAAGAGUCGUAACCUUUUCUGUUGCACUGACUGUUGCUAACACCUCUAGCCUACAGUUAUUUGGCUUCAUGCCGUUGUGUUCUGAAUUAAAUGCUGCUCGGCAAUAAACACUGUUUCCUCUG